AUGCUUGCAAACUCAGAAACAGGGUUUAGGCUGGCAACGCUGGAUGAAGAUUUCUUCUUGGACCAAUAUGUUGAGGACUCUCGAGGAGACAAUUAUACAACAACUCUUUAUGAGAUACCUCCCAACGAAACCGAAGAUACUACUCUCGGGAUGUCAGACAACAAGGGUUAUUUCAAACUAUUCAACAUACAACAAAACAAGUAUUCAAUUUUUAAAUUAUUUGUACAGGACGACCAUCAAUUUAUUCCAUUAAACACACCAUGGAAACAAUUUAAAUUUAUUCCAUACCAUCCACUGUCAACUCCAAGAACAAUGAGGGCAAGAAUGCUGAUGGAGGAAGAAAUGCAACAAUCUGACGUUCCGUGUUAUCAUGAAACUUCCUCUUUCAAAAUUUGUUUUAUUCAAAACUUCUCUAAUAAGGUGCUGUUUUCCACAGUUCAUUUCGGAAAUUCAUACUUUGAAAAUGACAGCAUAUAUGCUCGAUCUUGCAAGGUGUUUACGUGCGGUCAACACGACGACAUUAUAACUUGCAUUGACGCUGACAGUGAUUAUCUUGUUUCAGGAACUCAGAACGGCGACAUCAAAGUUUGGCUCCACAAAGAAGAUAGCAAGAAGAGUAAUGAAGAUGAAUCGUUUGAGCUGUAUUGGACCAUAUCAAAAGCACACAAGACAAACACUCUUACAAAAUUAGUUAUACUACAAUCAACUAUUGGAGUAAAUAGAGGUACAUAUAUUAUUAGUGGAGGAGGACCAUCUGGAAUUUUACAAAUACAUAAUAUUCAGAAAAAGCAAUCAAUUCAACAAAUAGUUUUAGAAUCAUGUCCUCUAAAUUACAUGAAGUGCUUUUUACCGUCGUGUGCGAUAAUUGCCUGCAACGAUUUGGGUACAGUGUACUUGUAUUCUGAAUCGGAAAGCGAGAACACAUUUCUUAACUUGAGCAAUAAUUAUUAUAUAUUGUCAGAUUCUAAGAUCAGAGUCACUUCUGCGACAUGUUUUUUUAUGGGGAAUGAAAUUAUUAAUGUGUUUGCAGUCAUUUUCUUAGAUGAUUCCAACCAAAUUAUGAACAAUUCCAUUCGCUUCUACAUUGGUCAAUUGCUUGUAAUUGAAUAUUCUUUUGAAACUCCCAUUCUAUUUUGUACAGUUUUAAACCUAAAGAAGAGCGUCAACCUUAAAAGUUCUAUGCCGUUUGCUGGGUCUCAUCUAGUUGCUUGCGAUAAAGAUGGUAAAGGACAUGUCUGGUUAAUUGAUGAAAUCAUUGCUCAAAUUUCCAGAGUGAACUCCCAACAAGAAGUAACAGUCACAGAUGUGAUGGACAAAAAAAACCAAGUAUCCACGAGCAAUUCACAUGAUCUUCAACAAUAUUUACUUGAGCCUGAAAACCAUGAUCUUCUCCAGGACAACGCAUCAUCUUGUUCAGAUGAUGAACUCUUUUCUGAUGUAAUGUCCACCAUUACGGAUGUUUCAACUAUUUCACUACCAAGAGAACCCUCUUCUUUACUACCAAAUCCAUAUCCUAUGCCCAGUGGCAAAAUCAAUAGUGGUGGCAAGUCUGACAACCAGACGAGUUGUGACAACGAUGAGGCCUUAGAGGAACCAACCCCAACACCACAACCACGUUCGCUUAGAUCUGUACCAACGAUAACACCUCAAAAACACAUUGAGGAUCGUCCAAUGAAAAAACAAGUUUUGAACCAAGAAUUAGUGUUAGACGGCUCAGCACAAAACCUUGAGAAUUUUCAAACCAGUAAUGAGCUUGACGAAUAUGGUUUUACUCUGACUAGUUCAAAACCACGACGAUUGAGGACACAACCAGAAACUACCAAACUCAAUCCAAGCCAACCUCAAACAUCAACUAGUCCAGAAACUUCACAAGAUGAAACAGCACGAACCAAGUCACCCAUCCUUGUUCCACAUCCCAAGUCUCCCAAUAACAAUUCAACAGAUUUGUCAGGCGCUCAAGAUUGCUCCACUGCAGUGGAAAAACAUCAACAACUGCUUUCAAAUGAAGACUGUUCGAACACCCUACCGCUUGCUCCCUCCAUCAUUCCAAAUUCUUCUCGAAGACUCGAGUAUCGUCUUGCAAGAAAGCAAGCAGAACAGUUCAACGAAGAGGCAGCACGGUUAGCCAUACAAGAACAGAAAGCUUUGUUUCAAAAGAAUGAAGCUGAGAAAGUUCUCAACUAUUCUCCAGAUGAUGCAAUGUUUGGAAAUAUAGGUUCCAACGCCAGUCAGCAAGAUAAGAUUGAAACCUUUGAGACACGAGUUCGGAAACAAGUGAACAAAAAGUAUCUCAAAGAAGCAAAGGAAAGACCUUCUUUGAUGGAUCUCUACAACAAAGAUGAUUGGGAAAAGGAAAUAACCCUUCAAUCAACCGGACCGAGAAUAAUAUAUUCAAUCGGUGUAGAUCAUUUCGAAAAACCGUCUCCGCACUCAAAAACUGAAAAUGAAUACAUCAGGAAAUAUUUAAAACAAAAUCCAAUCGUUUAA